CUCUUCAAAAAGGCUGCUAUCUUUCUCCUCUCCCUCAUCGUUCUUCUCUACUACUUUCAUCAUUCAUCUUUUUACUACUCUCUUACUUCAGUAUUCCAUCGUGGGCAUUUCUAUCGAGGGCAUCUUGUGAUCGUCUAUCGAGGGUUCCGUGAGUCUGAUACCGAGGGCAUAUUCCAAUUGUCACAGGUCUUGCUUGUCACCUGUUGGCUUAGUUCCAGUUCCAGUCCGAGUUACAUCUCUGAGGGAGUUGCGCGCUUAGCAGAAGAUCAAUUGCCAAGAAGCAAUUGACAACUUGAGGUCGAGGUCGAGGGCUCUAAUUCACACUGUGGGUUGAGGUUUUACCGUACACUAUCGAGGGUGAAAGAUUUUUACAACUGAGGGUUCUAAACACAUCAACAUGUCGAAAUCCAAGUCCGCAUCUGCCGCAAAGGCUACCAAGUCCGAUGUCCUGAGCAAGGUCAAGGGCGCUGCUGUGGCCAAACCAGCACAGAGCGACAAGAGUAAGAGCAAGGAAAUUGCUAAAAAGGUCGCUGCUAAAGAAGACAAAGCCUCCAAGAAGUCCAAGAAGGUACCCGUCAAGGAGCCAACACCAGAGCCAAGCUCUGAGGAAGAGGAGGAAGACUCUGAUGAGUCUGCUUCCGAGGAAAGCUCCGACGAAGAAACCGCAGUCGAGACAAAGCCUACCAAGGUAGCCAAGGUCGCCGCCAAGGCUGACUCCAGCGAUGACGAGUCAAGCGAGGAGUCCGACUCCGAGGACGAAGCCCCCAAGGUCAACGGAUCCGCCAAGUCAGCGGCUCCUGUCAAGGCUCAAGACGAUGACUCCGAUGACAGCGAGGAGGCUGACUCUGACAAAGAGUCCUCAGAUGACGAAGAAGAGGCUGUUGUCAAACCAAAUGGUGUCAAGGUUGCCGCCGAGGAUGACGAUGACGACAGCGAUGACAGUGAAGAAGAUGAGGACAGCGACGACGAUGAGGAAGAGGAGAAGCCUGCCAAGAAGUCUUCCAAGCGCAAGGCUGAGGACGAUGACGUCCCUGCGGCUAAGAAGACCAAGACCGAUGAUGUCGACACUUCCAAAGGUGCCAACUUGUUCGUCGGUAACCUCUCAUGGAACGUCGAUGAGGAUUGGUUGAGACAAGAGUUUGAAGAGUUCGGCGAUCUCAGCGGUGUCCGCGUCAUGACUGAUCGCGCCACUGGCCGUUCCAAAGGAUUCGGCUAUGUUGAGUUCGUUGAGGCCGCUUCUGCAGCCAAAGCCCAUGCCGCGAAGCAAGGCGCUGAGCUUGAUGGUCGUGCCCUGAAUGUCGACUUUGCGAAUGCUCGCAGCAACGACGCUAAGCCUGGGAAUGAUAACCGCCGCAAGUCAUACGGAGACCAGCUUGGUGAACCUACCGAGACACUGUUCCUUGGAAACCUGUCCUUCGACUCCACCCAAGAGGACAUCAGCGACGCAUUCGGUCCUCAUGGAACCGUGCUGGGAGUCCGACUUCCCACUGAUCGCGAGACCGGUGCUCCUAAGGGCUUUGGUUAUGUUACCUUCGGAUCUGCCGAGGAGGCUACCGGCGCCCUCGAAGCUAUGCAGGGAGGAUACAUCAAGAGCCGUCCAGUGCGUCUCGACUACAGCCAGCCCCGUCCACAAAACGAUUCUCCUGGCGGUGGUCGCGGAGGAUUCGGUGGAGGCCGAGGUGGCGGUGGUGGUCGCGGCUUUGGCGGCGGCCGUGGUCGUGGCGGCCGAGGAGACUUCGGUGGUCGUGGUGGACGAGGUGGUGGCCGUGGCGGUCGUGGAGCCUCUACCAACCGUGGUGGCUUCGGUGACUUCUCUGGCAGAAAGACCACUUUCUAAAAGUUGAUCGCACACGUUCAGUGGUGUUGUAUCGACCGAUAACUACAUCUGUCCGCUGAAUACCUGAUGGAUUGCUUAUGACUUGCUGGUCUUUGUGUUUUCUGCACGGAAAGGCACUGGGUCACGCAAAGGUAAUGUAUGUAAAAAGUUCGGUCGUCCUUUUCUCUCUUAAUGGGUAAAUGCAAUUCCAAUCUCCAUUGUACUCUAACAUGGGUUUCCUCGUUCAAUUGCUAUACUCUGUAUAACUGUUCAAUGCAAGGCAAUGUCUAGUGCCUGCAUCCGCUGUUCGUCACAUCUUUAGGCUGCCCAUCACCCUGCCGGACGACGCACUAGCC